AAAAAAAAAAACCACUCUCCACGAGGUGAACCAUUUUCUGCCCCCAUCGGUUCAACCUAAGGCACGCGAGUUACGACUCGCGCCUACGUCUAUAAAUACAUCGCUACGACACAGGACUCACACCAGGAGAACAAACAUUUGAAGUCAAGAUAUAACGCGAUUCUUGAGAUACUCGCGACUAUAGGAAGCCGGCAUGCUUGAGGAUAAGCUAAGGUUGUUUGUGGAUUAGUAAACUAAUCUAAUGUCUUGAUAGAUUUCCCUGAAUAUAUUCAGAUCACAACCGAUUUCAGACAUUGUAAUUAAAUAACAGUGGACGCUUACAUUUUCUACGGACGUUUUCAAAAACUGGUUUAAAACGUCUCAAAUCUAACAACGGCAAAGAAUUAAUAUCUUUAUUAAAACGUGAAACGUGAUAGCCCUAUGGAAGGGGUCAGAAUGGCGCUCAACACAACGGAUUACUUUAAUGUCUCCACAUAUUUCAAUACCACGAUUGCCCCAGUUCCGGCUAGGGCCGUCAUGCCCCCUGAGUACCUCAACAGGAUCCAGUACACGUGCGAGCACGUGCUGACGCCCAUUGUCUGCAGCCUGGGCAUAUGCGGCAAUGCCCUCAGUCUAUGUGUGCUGACCAGAAGGGAGAUGGCCGCAGCCACCACUUGCUUUCUCACUGCCCUCGCGGUCUCCGACCUGCUACUCCUGAUGCUUCAGGUGCCCGCUUUCUUUGGCAACAACGCUGGCGUUGCCUCCAGUUAUUCCUUCAGGCUGUUCACCAGGUUCUACUCUGUCAUCAGAUUUUCUGUUUCCACUCCAUACAGAUACGUCAUGAACAAUGUAUUCAUCACUUGCACAGGAUGGUUGACCGUCGCAGUGACCACAGAAAGAUUUAUCUCCCUUCGCUUCAUGUUUCACCCCAGGUUGGUCUGCACCAUCCAGAAGGCCAGGCUGGUCAUCAUCGCCAUAUUCCUGCUGUCCUUCACUUUCCACUUCAGCAAGUUCUUUGAGUACGUGCCCAACCCGGACCUCAACUCCACAAAGGUCCUGCUGUCCACUUACCUGGUCCACACGCCCUCCUACGACAUGUACGUUCACAUCGCCAACAUCGCGCUGGCGGCAAUCAUCCCGGUUUUCUUGCUGGUCGUGGCCAACGCCUUCCUCAUCUACUUCCUGGCCACUCACCGCAGGCGGAUGCUGCGCCACAAAGCCACGGCCUCCUCCAACAUGACCUCCGUGGACAUGCUUCAUGUCAGCGCCAUCGUCGUGGCCACUGUGCUGGUAUUCAUCAUGUGCCAUUCCGUGGGAGUUUUCUUGGCGCUGACCAUCGCUUCCAAAGGCCGGCACUGGGUGUUCGAGAUACCGGCCUUUAAGAGCCUCAACUACAUCAACACCUUCCUGGUCAUGGUCAACUCCAGCGUCAAUUUCAUCCUCUACUGCGCCAUCAGCCGCAAGUUCCGCAAGACGCUCAUCAGCAUUUUUCAAAGGCGCCUGGGUCGUAAAGACACCUGGACCACGGCCAUGCCGCUGAGUGAGAACAGUACCGCCACGGUGGGAACCAAUCUCAGAAUCACCAACAAUAACGGCAAAGUGUACAGCUCCUCGUCCAAGUCCGUCACAUCCAAUGGCUCUACCCACAGUGGACACAGCGCAACACGUGCAGACGUUUAACAAACUAAUCUGUUUCCUACUAGAUCCAAAAGUUUAAGCACGAGCUGCUAUCAGAGCGAUUAGACAGUUUUCUGCAUUGUCACUAGAAGACAAAGAAAUGUUUUGUCUAGUAAAUGUAAUUUGUUUCAAAACAUAACAGGAUGCACAAACUAAAGGACAGACACAAGCGGCUGGUAUGUGACGUUGGGGUUCAUGUUUCGUAAUUCAGUAACUUAUAUCUUAGUGCUAGUGUUGUUUCCAUGGAAACGGUGCCAAGCGUCAGAAAUACAGACAUUAUCAAGAAUGAUUUGUGGAGCAAUACGUUUGCAAGGUCUUCUAUAGCCUGUACUUACCAUGUCAUAUCUGUUAUAGUUCUUGCAUGAAGGAAUGGCGGAUGUUCCGUAUAUAAGGAUACAAGAAAUUGUACAAGCAACAAGAUGGUUAAUAAUUAAACUCUUUUUGUUGUUAAAGGGCGUGUGUCACAUCUCCGUUAAUCAACAGAGGCCUUGCGCAUUACGGUGUGCCUUGUUUGAUUUCAUAUUUCCAAGCUAAAUGAAUAGUUUUGCGCUUGUUUGCAAAGUAGAGGACACGCAUUAAAAGAUAAAAAAGAUUAAAAAUAGAACGCAAAACCAUUUACCGGUAUUUCAUUAAAUUACAUCACACACGAUUACAACAUAUUUUAAAAGAGUAUAUAUGUGGUAAAUACAGUUCAAAAACAGGCAAUAUCAGAUUCUUAUUUAGUAAAUCGUUUGUGGAAAACAAAAUUUGCAUCCAAAGAAACUGUAAAAUCUUCAUACCACAGCACGCGAACAUGUAGUUUUAAAAUUGAAUGAAAAGCCAGUAGCUCCCCUUUAAAAAACAAAAAAAAAAUCACGUAAGAAUUUAGAACGUUUAAGUUCAUCUUUUAGUCUACACGUAAGUGUAAGUCAAUACACGCAUUACACUUUUAUAAUAGUGUCCAUUACACAUUAUUUACAAUGUAGUUAAUCUUCGGGGGAAAAAAAAGUUAAGAAAGUUAAAUUAAUAAAAGUUCAGUCGCAAUAUAAUCUGUUACUUCCCCUGCAUUAUGUGAUUUUUCAAACACUAUUGUCUAGGCUGACAUUAUAGUUACAGAAAUGAUUAACUCUAAUUAUUGUACUUAAUGUUACAAUACUACAGUGGUGUAGAAUCAAAUGAAUUGGAUGGUUGCUGAAUGUCUUUUUCUAUAUCAACUGUAUAUCUUCCCAUUGGUGUUUCAAUUGUGCCUUCUACUGGCUGUGAUUGCAAAUAAUAGUAGUUCCAUUAUUACACCCUAACACAACCAGUACACAUGUAUAGUGUAAUGUAAAUACACUGUUGUCUAAGCCUUCUUACUGCUAUAUCUGUGUUCUAAUGUCAUGCCUGUCUAACAAACAGCCUACCAAUGUAGGAAUUACAUUCAAAGCCAUUCUACCACUAUAAGCCAUUCUACCAAUGUAAGCUUACAUUCACGACAUUCUACCAAAUAUAAGCUUACAUUCAAAGCCAUUCUACCAAUAUAAGCCAUUCUACCAAUAAAAGCCAUUCUACCCAACCAAUAUCAUGGUCGAUAAAAGUCUACAUCAAAAGCACUCAACGAUUGUAAGCCCACACCAACUAUUUACUUUAUCUAUGUAAGCUUACACCACAAUCACCUACUCAGUAGAAACCUUUUUAUAUAAGCUUUUGAAAUGUAUUAGUUAUCAAACAAAAUGAAGUCAGGGGUAGCUUUACAAAAUUUGAUGGGGGAUAGGGAGGGGGGGGAUACAGAUGAUGGGGAGUGAUGGGGAGUGAUGGGGAGUGAACAGAUUGAACUGCCAGGGCUUUUCAUCCAAGACAUUAACUGAUUGUUUAGAAUAUGCAAAUGUAAAUAUAUAUUUAGAGAGAAUUCACUGUAAGCACAAUAUGUAUUAAUAUUUAUCAUCAAGUAAAUAUAGUGUCCAUGUUUUGGUCUUUAAACCUUAGAGCUCUGCUGGUUCCAGAGAUUGGGUUGAAAUCAAAGUUUGGCAAUAAGCAUGUUUUCUCAAUGGUUUUUGUACAGGCAAUAUUAUUUAUGAAAUAUGCAGCAUUUAAGUAAGUUUGUUACUGGAUUGUAUUGUCAUGUUUGGUUUGUACAUGUCAUGUUUGGUUUGUACAUGUCAUGUUUGGUUUGUACAUGUCAGGAAAGAGAAACUUAUGUCAGAAAAUCUUAUUACAAAAAAAAAAAAAAAGAAGACAAAAUAAAAAAGGAAAUACAAAA